AGGCUGUGGUGAGGUGGUUACGGCGACCUGCGGAGUUUCAGACUCUUCCCGUCAUAGUCUGAAAGUAGUCACUAGGUAGAAUUGCAGUGUGUACCGCGUUUUUGUCAGUUUUUGAGUAUUCGAAGAGAUUCGUGAAGUUUGCUACUUAAUUCCUUCCACGACAUCUAGAUCUACGUAAAACCGCUUUUCUACUUACUUAAUUCCUUCCACGACAUCUAGAUUUACCAUAGUAGUUUGGGUCAGAAUUAAGCGCACUCACAUACCACGUAUUCUUGACCAGCUGUUUUUCACACAUGUCCUUUGCCGAACGACCUCUUCUCGUUUGCCUUUUACUGACGUUGUGCUUGGUGUGAGCUGCUGUUGGCGAGCGAAGGAAACGAUUCUACUGUGGUGCGGAACUCUGACUCUGGAUCAUAAGCAGUUUGCGACUUUUCUUUACGUAGCAGGAACCGCUUUUCUACUUACUUAAUUCCUUCCACGACAUCUAGUUCUACCAGUUGUACACCGCCACUUACAGUUACAAAGGUCACAAGAUGAAUUUCCAGCACGCACAAGCCGCUAUGUCGGCUGCAUCUGGCGGCAAGGGUGAUAAGGAGAAGAUCAGCGGCAGUUUCGAUCCUACAGCUCUUGAGCGUGGUGCCAAAGCCCUGAAGGAGCUAGAUGUUAAGGGUUACCACAUUGCAUUCUUCACUACCAUCCUUGACUUUUUUUUCCAGUUGGAAAAGGGGCAGGGAUGAGCUGAAGCGCGCAAUGUCGCAACCUCUAAAGAUGCCUCGCAAAAUGCCACCAAAGCUUUUGAGCUGACAAAGCUCCAGGAAACUACCAAACAGAAGGAGAUGAACCUUCAAAUGGAGCAGAUGCGUGCCCAACAAGCAGAAAUGGGCUUGCAACGGGCUCAGAAGGAGGGUGAGGAAAGGCGUAAGACAAUUGCGGCGCAAGAGGACCAGGAGAGAAGAACAGCGCAAUACAAAACGCAGUUGGAAAGCGAAUUAUAUCAACGUACUGAAAUUUUUCUUAAGCAUGAGAUCUCCAUAUGGGGUGUUGACACUGAUUUUUCCAUCGGGCGGAUGAUAUUGUGACAUCAACAUUUUCAAUCGUUAUCUUGAUUCGAUUCCCUAGCACCUCUCCCUGUAUUUGAUUUUUCUAGUAGUGUAAAAAAUCGUCCUUAGGACCUUCGCUUGCACAAAUACACAGACAAGCUCGAGGACCAGCAGAAACAAAACGAGGCCUGGCUUCAACAGCAACAUCAGAAUUUCUUGAGGCAAGAGGAGAUUCGUAAGGGCAACGACCGCGAAUUAGAGGAGAUGCGUCGUAGAACGAUGUCCGAGCAAGCAAAGCUAGAUCGCGAGACUAUGCUUCUCAAGGCACAAGCAGAGAGUGAAGCAAGGGCAAAAACGGAAAGAGAAAACGUUGAUGUCAGAAUAAGGGAGAUGCGAGCGCAAGCUGGUACGUGACUAACAAGGUUCUUCGUCACGCUGUUGUUUCGACUAAGUGUCUGAAAAAUUUUCCUGCUGGAUGCGCGACAAGAUUAUCACGCAAGACGCUCAUUCUCCUUUCAAGACAAUACUACCAUCUACUCAGGCGAGGAGCGAAGCACACGGCUGCAGUCUAUCGAAGCAUACUUUGGAGGCUUUAGCGGACUAUUGAGUGAUAAGCAGAAAAUUACGACCCUUGUGACGGGACUUUCCGCGUUGGCACUAGGUGUGUACGCAGCUAGGAAUGUGACAAGAGUUGCAGGAAAUUUGGCGGAGAAGAAUCUUGGGUAAGCACUUGUGAAUCUUAAGUUUUGUUACAGUGAAGACAAAAUUAUUUCCAUCGUCGUUUACCAGCCCACGAAAAAAAGCACUAAUUUUCAACAACUCAACACCUAACACAGCAAACCAUCUCUCGUCCGCGACACUUCUCGAUGGUCGUGGAAAAAGAGCUUCCUCCCUAUGGGUUACUCCGGUGGAGCAGCUACCCAAACAAACGGCAAAAUGCUUGACAAAAUUGUCUUGCAGGAUGAGUUGUCCGAGCGCUUGACCUGGAUGACGAAUUCAUUGGUGAACGCAAAGAAAAAUGGAACUCCCUUCCGACAUAUGCUGUUGCACGGUCCCCCAGGAACCGGUAAGACGCUAUUUGCCCGAACAUUAGCCAAACUUAUGCCUUCGCCUAAUCCAUCUCUUUGAAAGACAUCCUGAAGAGUCUGCUUUUCAAGGGGAAGAGGCUCGUAGGACGCAUCUGGAGAUGGAUUAGGGUGAGUUCUAACAAACGAUCAGGUCUGGACUACGCCAUUAUGAGUGGCGGUGAUGUGGGUCCAUUAGGAAAAGACGCAGUGGAGGAAGUCAACAAGCUGUUUACCUGGGCGAAUAAGUCGAAGAAGGUAUAAUUUUCAUUUUGUUUUCUCCCGUUUGAUCUGUGAAUAUUUUAUUGAAGAACAUUCAAGUCGUGGAUUAUUGAACUUUGUUGUCCUUGUCAAAACAAAUAGGAUCAACACUUCGGUCUUCAGACAAAUAUGAUCACCUCCGGCUUUGUUCACACAAAAAAAUUCUACCGUCCCUGUCUAUGCACUACAUAAAAUCAGGGCAUGGUCCUCUUUAUCGACGAAGCUGAUGCUUUCUUGCGCAAAGGCAGGCAAUCGAGUGAUGGCAUGUCCGAGCACGCCAGAAACGUUCUCAGUACCUUUUUAGCGCACACGGGUACAGAAACAGACAAGUUUGCGGUAGUCUUGGCAACCAAUGUGAAAGAUGUCCUCGACAGAGCCGUGAUGGACCGUGUCGAUGAGCGAUUCUUAUUCCCGCUUCCGGAAUAUGAUCAGCGAUUGGAGAUGGUAUUUACACUGUGAUAUGUGCUAUUUUCGUGAUUGGGAUCAGGAGAUACAACGAUCAACUCUUGUCAUGAAGCAUUUUGAAACUGAAAUUCAACCUGGAUUCUCGUUGGCAAUUUUUACAAAUUCGUUCACGAUCCGAUCAGGCAGCGAAAUUUUGAAAACUUCUCUCUGUUCGAAAAAUACACAGGUGAAAAUGUUUAUGGAUCAGCACAUCCUCUCGCCUACCAAGACCAGCCAAACGAUCGAAGUAGAAGACGCAGUUAAAUCUGAGGAGUAUAUGCAAGAAAUGGCUAAGCGAAUGGACGGCUUUAGUGGUCGUCAGGUGGCCAAAACUAUCCUGGGACUCCAAGCUGCUGUUUUCGGUAGUGGUACAAACAAGUUAACAAAGGGAUUGGCCGACGCGGUGUUGGACUGGAAAAUCGCAAACAUUGGCGAAGAUCAAGACAGCAUUGAUCGGGAAGAAGCCGAACAACUGCGAUUGGAGAGUAAGAAGUUGGGAACCUACUAG